AUUACACCUUCCCCUGCUUCAAUUUUUUUGAAAAUCAAACUAACCAACAUCGUACCAAUAAUUUCAAUACAAAACACACCCCUUCUUUUCUCUCAAAUUUCACCCUAAAUUCAUUUCACGGAUUUCGCUAUUUGUGGGAUCCCACAAACUUUUAUUACCAAAUUCCUUCACCCCCCCCAUAAAUUUGGUUCCUCUUCUUCUCCAGAUCUUCAUAUCCAGAUCCAACACAAAAACAAUGGAGAAUUCCCAUUUUCCUUCCAUCCAAACACGCCCUACAUUCCUCCUCCUCCUCCUCCUCCUCAUAAUUUCCAAUCAAACCCAAAUCUUCUCCGCCGCCUCAAGAAUCCCCAAAUCCCCUGCCGGCAUCAGAAAAAACACAGAGUAUGUCAGAACUUCCUGCAGUACUACUUCAUACCCUCGUCUCUGCUACAAUUCGCUGUCGGUGUACGCCAGCAAGAUCAAGACCAACCCCAAGACGCUGGCUCUCGCCGCCCUCCACGUCAACCUCGCCGCCGCUCGAUCCUCUGCGGCAUCAAUGAGAAGGCUGGCGAAAACCCACGGCCUGCGGCGGAGAGAGGCGUCAGCGAUCUCCGAUUGCGUGGAGGAGGUUGGGGAUUCGGUAUUUGAGCUUCAGAGAGCAAUUAGGGAACUGGGUCGGCCUCGAGGGUACGAUUUUGGGAGUUUGAUUAGUGAUAUUGAGACAUGGGUUAGCUCCGCUUUGACCGAUGAAGAGACGUGUAUGGAAGGAUUUGGGGGGCGGCGUGUUAAUGGGGUUAAUAGUGUUAAGGCUAAGGUUCGAAGGCACAUUGUUAGAGUUACGCAUUUGACAAGUAAUUCACUUGCUCUUAUCAAUAGCUAUGCUUCGUCGGCGGCGGCGGAAGAAGGCGUUUUCCCCUAGUUACUUCACUUUUCUUCUUCGUUCUUUCUUUCCCUGUUUGGUUCCUGGGAAAAGUGAAAGGAAAAUUAAAAUAUUAUGAGAUUGAAAAUGUAAUUAUGUCUUGUAAUUCUAGUGUUACGGUUUAUGCAAUUACUAUUAUUAAUUAUGCCCAA